AUGAACAAACUCCUGAUUGGGAUGCUAGAUGAUGUUCCUGUCGCAAGCCCUCCAACGAAGAACAUUGCUACUCGCCUGCCAAUCUCGGCCAGGAGGUCAUCGAGCAUCGCCCCCAGCGCAAUUGCCACCUCUCCCUGCUGCGGCUUCCUCUACAGCAACGGAGACUACUAUCCCGUCUGCCUUGGUGUGGGUCGCGUGUGCUCUCCCUACGACGUUCGCGCCAGCCGACCAUAUUUCCCACGAAUGGUGGGUAUAGCAGCAAAGGGCGGCGCGGUGCGAGAGAGAAAAGCUGUCCAGCAGCCUCAGCGAGACGGCGAGGAAAGCGAGAAGAUCGAACCAGCGGGGGCCAUGAUCGUUUUGUCUUGAUGUGGACCUGUUGACGAAUACGGCUGUGUGCGGCGGAGGCGGCGAUUGCAACGGAUCGGCGGAUGGAAGAAGAUCAUCGUGCGGGAUUCGAGGUGACCGGGCGAUGCCAAGGAGGCGAACCGUGGACAGCCUUCGUCUUCCACCUCGAGCCGACAGCUCUUCAAGGUGAUUGACGACUUGAUGACGCGAGUGGGAUGUAAAUAGUUGCGGCCGUGAAUUGAUGUGGUUGCUGCCACUGCUGUCAUGCUGAAGCACGUUGGCGUGCUGGUGCUACUGCCGAAACAUCACUGACAUGUUCCGUAUCUGCUCGUGCUGAUGAAGUGUAAAACACAUUCCUCCUGUGAUAUGCUUGGCAACGUGUCGCGGGUGGAGUGUCACUACUGGUUUGACUCUGUUGUUGUUGGCGGCGGCUGUGGGCCGCUCCUGGUUUUUAUUUGUCACCCUGAAAAUAUCGAUGCAACUGCGAAGCAUUCUAUGGAAAUCGAACUCAAUCGGAUCCUAUGACAUGAACAUAUGUACAGGUUCCGUGAGCGUUGGCCUGUAGUGUAACCGCUGGAAGUCCUCCCUACGGAUUUGCCUACGAAGGACGUCGAUGUUUUGAUUUUCAGUCCAGACAGCAGCAAUAGCAAGCCAGUUUUCAGUGUUUGUAAGGACAGGAACGACCACUGUUUUGGCCGCUGCGCGCAGAAUCUGCACAAAAUGCUAUGGUGGGCCGUGGCUGUCCGGGGACGAACAUAAUGUUCAUACUGGUCGCGCUGCUAGGGGUAUGGGGGCCGUAAAGAGGAAUUCAAGUAUCCUAUACGUCCCUGUCUGCCCUCGAAAGGUGUCGAAGUGGCGGCAGUCAUGCCGCAUCUACGAAGAAUGGACAACUUCAACAUGUCUCUCCAUGGCAUGUUUUCUAGGUCUUUGCUCCAUCGGCCGUUUUGUUUGUAUGACGGAGAAUAAGAAUUGCUUGAAAGUAGUAUGGACAUAAAGUUUAUGUAUCUUAAUCGAAAAUAAAGCGGCCGAUGGAGCAAAGGCCUAAACGUUUUCACGAGCGUUGUCAAACCCCCGGUGUUUACUUAGCACCCCCCAUGUGGGAAGAGUUAGUAAACAGUGCACGUUGUCACCCGUUAAUGUCUAUCACAUGUGUGCCUGCCUCGUCCGUGACUGUUAUGUAAUGACGUUUUGACGCCGUUUGCGAGUGAGUCGCUUCUCUGGAAAAAGAGCUUCGACCAUGUACGUCGGCCUGUGGUUCUCCAGCAAGUUGAAACAAUCACCGAACAAGAAGAGAAGGAAACCACCGGGGAUUGAGGAGCAGAUGAAGAUAUGAUUCCGCGCUGAUACCCAGCCCCGAGGAACCGGUCUACGCACGAAUUGUUCUCAGCUACAAAGGUCGCGACAGCACUAGGAGACUUGCAGCUCGCGUGGAACGAUUGGCUCGUGGCAACACUGGCUCGGGCAGGACGAUGACGUGGCGCGUACGACUCGCGCGGAGGCUGGACAGAGUCCCAACAUCCUUCAUCGAUGGCGCGAAAUGUGUACGUUUUCAGAAGAUGGAUGAGUGGUACCGCGUGUGUGCUCUGUCGUUGAACUGCUGUAUGUAGAGGUAGCGGUCGACCUACGUAUCCACGUGGGUUUGGCAGGAGAGUCGAGGUGAAGCGAGGCGAGAGUCGAGGUCAGCAGUGGUCGCUUCAAGCACGUUCAACACCUGUAAUAGCGUAAGUACGCACCUCGGCGUUGGCUUCGAAUGCCCUGAUUUCGAUCGUUUCAUUUACCGUGUUUUGGGGGUCGAACGGCUCGUAGUAUGUGUGGAAGUUGUUUGCCUUUAUCCGAGUCGACAAGAACUUUAAACUUGUUGGACCCUCCCUUCUUGUCCACGAGCGGGAUCGAGCUGUACCUGUAGCUUCGGAGAGGUCGAGACUGCAGCAGGUCAAGGCCAUGGUGGUGACUGGUUUGGACCCCUCGAGAAUUGUUUGGGAUGUUUGUAACAGCAGUGCCGAGAUGGAAUUGUCGGGUCGGGUGUGUCAGCCUGUUUAGGUGCAUCAGCUGCGGCUGAGCCAUCACAUGCACCGUAAUAAGGGGGCAAGGCAAGUCUGCUGUUGUGCUUGAGUGCGCCUAUGCAAAACUGGGUGUUUGAUAGGGUGCACGAACCUGGUUGAAGGGUGGUUUCAGGUAUGGACUCGCGAGAGAGCUCCUGAUCGAUGUCGUCUGUUUUCCUCUAGGUGAAGACGUGG